AUGGCUAUGAAUUUUGUCACCUUCAACCAGGACUAUAGCCACCUGGCUGUAGGAACCUCGAGAGGAUUUCGCAUCUUCACCACCGAUCCAUUUGAAAAGUGCUUCGAAUCCCGAGACGCCGGCAACAUUGCCAUACUCGAAAUGCUCUUCUCUUCCUCCCUUGUCGCUCUAAUAUUGUCUCCGAGAAGACUUCAAAUCAAAAAUACCAAACGAGAUUCUAUCAUUUGCGAACUCACAUUCCCGACCACGGUCCUGUCAGUGCGGUUGAACAGAAAGAGACUGGUGAUUGUGCUGGAAGACCAGAUAUACCUUUAUGACAUCCAAAAUAUGAAUUUGCUUUACACCAUCGAGACAUCUCCCAAUCCUACAGGCAAGACGAUCCCUGUUGAGCACGCCGAGCUUGACAAUCGGUUUACUGACAGCAUGUCCAGCCAUCUGCGCCCUCUCGCCCUCGUCUGA